AUGACUGGGUAUCGUCCUCCGGCUUUACCGACUAUGCCAACUAUACAAGAGCAAAUUUCCCGCCUAACAGAGGAAGAAAGGCGGGAGUUGUUUCUUCAGUACUUGCCUGCUGAUACCGCUGCUAGUAAACGCGAUUUAGAACUGAUCCCGUGGCAUCAAGCUCGAGAAGUGCAAGACGAACCAAAGAAUUUGUUGGGGGAGAGCAGGCGGAAUGAGGUGUCUUCCACGUCUGCUACUGCAAUGACAAGUUCCGGUGGUGCUGCAAGUACAACUAUUGACUUAAGCAAAGCUAUUGAUCUGAGAAAAAAAUACUAG